UUUUCCUUAUCCGGUGGGGGUUUCACGCCUCCAUUUAUUUCCCGGUAAAAAUAUCGACCCUUCUCGCAAAAUCCUUCUAGGGUUUUCUCGUCUCUCUCUCUCUAACCCAUCAAUGGCGGAAGAUCCUCAGCUCGCUUCUCGAAUAACACCAGUCGAUAACAAGCGAAAAUACGAAGAAGGCCAGACCCCUCCUCCAUUGCGACGGCCUACAGGCUUCUCUGCUCCGAUCGCAGCAUCUCCAUCUCCGGAUUCCAAUGCCCCAGCAGCAGCAGCACCCCCUCCUUCCUACAACACCGUCCCUCCCCCAACGGAUGAAAUCCAGGCCGCGAAGCAGCGGGCCCAGGAGAUCGCGGCCCGCCUCUUCAACAGCGCCGAGGCGAAGCGCCCUCGCCUCGAGAACGGUGGAUCUGAGGACUCCAACGACAAAGGUUUUGGGUCCGUGCUGGCAGAUCUAUCACAGAAGCCUCCAGGUCAACAAAAUGCAUAUUCUCAGUUUGGUACAGCCCUGCCCACAUCAAUAACGGCUGGAUAUGGUUUCCAGGGUUCGAGCAAAAAGAUAGAUAUUCCAAAUGGAAGGGUUGGUGUUAUCAUUGGGAAGGGUGGGGAGACGAUUAAAUAUCUUCAGCUUCAGUCGGGAGCUAAGAUUCAAGUGACCAGAGAUAUGGAUGCUGACCCUACUUCGCAGACUAGGGUGGUAGAGCUCAUAGGUACUCCAGAGCAAAUCAGCAAGGCUGAGCAGUUAAUUAAUGACGUUCUUGCAGAGGCUGAAGCAGGUGGUUCUGGGGUAGUUGCAGCUCGUAGAUUCAGUUCUGUACAAAUUGGAGCCGAGCAAUUCACGAUGAAAGUUCCAAACAACAAGGUUGGUCUGAUAAUUGGUAAAGGUGGUGAGACAAUAAAAAAUAUGCAAGCCAGGUCAGGAGCGCACAUUCAGUUGAUACCCUUGCAUCUUCCUCCGGGCGAUACAUCAACAGAAAGAACUAUACAGAUUGAUGGCACCAAGGAGCAAGUAGAAUCUGCAAAACAAUUGAUCAAUGAAGUCGUUAGUGAGAAUCGUGUUAGAAAUCCAGUGAUGGCUGGAGGAUAUUCUCAGCAAGGUUACCGUCCCCCACGGCCUCCGGCAAAUUGGGGCCCACCUGGCCCCCCAAUGCAGCAACCUGGUUAUGGCUACAUGCAACCUGGAGUGUAUCCUGGACCUCCACCUCAGUACAACACGUCUCAGCCUCCUUAUGCAGGUUAUCCCACCCCACCAACAUCUGGUGGGUACUCCUCUGGGUGGGACCAAACACCUGUCCCGCCAAGUCAGCAAACUGCACAGGGAAGUGGGUAUGAUUACUAUGGCCAGCAGCCUGUGCAGCAGCAACCAGCUCCUGGAGGAUCUUCCACUCCAGCAGAUAACACUAGUUACAAUUACGGCCCACCAGCAGCUUCUAAUUACAACCCUCAAGGUUCAUAUGGGGAAUCUAAUUACUCGCAGCCACCGCCAGUUGGGCAACAGCAAGGCUUUAGCCAGGAUGGCUAUGGCGGCAGCUAUCAUGCACCUGCACCUCAACCGGGUUAUACUCAGUCCCAGUCGAAUCCACAGACAGGAUAUGACCAGCAACAAGCCUACAGUGCAACACCAACGUAUGGAAGUGUGGCCAAUCCAACUCAAGAUGUAGCAGCUUCCACUUAUGGAGCUCCGGGGGCCUCCACCCAUGUUCCUCCAUCCCAGCAGCUCCCUCCACCUACCCAUCCUCCAGCUGCAAACCUGCAAGGCUACUCUGGUCAACAGCCUCCUGCCAUCCCGACAAGCUAUGGUGCUCAAGCAGCUACCCAGCCUGGUUAUGGAAUGCCCCCGGUAUCGCAGCCAGGUUACGGAGCUCAGCCACCAACUCAGACUGGCUAUGGGCAGUCUGGGCCAUUAACACAGCCUGGCUAUGGGCAGCCUCAGGUGCAGAAGCCGCCCACUACUCAGCCCAUUUACGGGCAAUCCCAACAACCCACAACUUCUCAGGGGGGCUACAUUCAGCCAGCUCCAGUGCAACCUGGAUAUUCGCAUUCUCAGCCGCCCACAGCACAAUCGGGUUACAGUCAGCAUGACCCUAGUCAUCUUCGGGCCCCACCUGCUUUUGGUUCGGGAGCUCUUCAGUCGGGCUAUGGGCAGCAGCAGUCAUAUGGUGGACCAUCACCGGUGGCCCAGCCUGGCUAUGCUCCGCCACAGCAGCAGCCCUAUGGUGAUUCCUACGGGGGUGCAUAUGCGCAGCCUCCCACAUAUUCUACUGACAAUGCUGCAGGGGGGAAAGUGCAUGGGGCCUACGAUGCACCUCCAGCUGGCCAGCCUGUUCAGAGUGGAGUUGCCAAAGCCUCACCUCAGUGACGCCAUCUGGUAAGUAACUUUUAAGCAGAUUUAGGAUUUUAUUUUAUUUUUUUGUGGAUUUGAAUACUGUGAUAGCUGCUUUUUUAGUUCUAGGUAUAUUAUAGUUUCUACUGGUAAGGUUGUUUACUCUGGCUGAUUUUGACAAUGUUAUGGCUUACGUUGUGGUCAAUCAAACUUUGUGCAUCUGCUAUUAUUCCAA